AGAAUAUUUCAAUCAAAUUCACCCGUCGUUAUCCAACUGUACGGAACUUUCCUAUGAAGCUUGACUCUUUUUAUUGAUGUUCCAUUAUCGUGUGUGAUCUCGGUAGUUUUUUUUAGGGAAGCACCAUGCUGGACAUUUGUUUCUAAUAGACACUUUGAUAUGGGCAUGCGCAGUUGCCGAAUAUUCGGACUUAGCCCAGUGCGCAACGACUCCAUUCCACAGACAGUCUAGGCUUUCCUCUUGUUAACCUCGCAUCUUUUACAUUGGACAUCGCGUCUUCUGUAUCUGAUUUAAAGCUACUUGACAAUGAGUGGAGAUCAUGGUCAUAAAGACUCUCAGGUCAAUUCUGGAUCUAAAGCCAAUGAUCCCCACAGACACAAGGACAGACACAAAGAGAAGGAGCACAGACACAAAGACCAGAAGAAAGACAAGGAGCGCGAGAAAUCCAAGCACAGCAACAGCGAACACAGAGAGCACUCGGAGAAGAAACACAGAGACAAAGAGAAGGAGAAGCCUACGCCCAACGAAGGCAGUGCAGACAGACACCGGGACAAGCACAAGGACAAGAGGAGAGAAGACAAGACCAAGUCCUCCCAUGUCGAUGGCAAGCCUAAAAAGGAAAAGGAAAAUGGUUAUUCAAGGGACACGUGGAGCAGCCCCAGUCCCCCUGUUGUGAAGAGCGAGCCAGAGGACGACAACGGCUUCUCCCCUUCCCCCAAACACAACAAGCCCCUGAAGAGGGAACGCGACCACGAGGACGAAUUCGAGAGCAAGCCCAAGAAAGUCAAGGCGGAGAACGGCAAGAGGGCGAAGAAAAGGAAACCGGAAUAUGAGGAGGAGGAAGACGAGGAGGAAGAGGACGUCAAACCCAAGAAGAAGAUGAUGAAGGACAAAAAAGCAGGAGUGGGCAAGAAAGCCAAGAAGGAGCCAGAGGAGAAGUGGAAAUGGUGGGAGGAGGAGAGGGCCACAGACGGCUCCAAAUGGAGGUUUCUGGAACACAAGGGCCCGGUGUUCGCCCCUCCUUACGAGCCACUGCCUAACCAUGUCAAGUUCUACUACGACGGUAAGCCUUUCAAACUGAGCCCCUCAGCGGAGGAGGUGGCUACGUUCUUUGCCAAGAUGCUGGAUCACGAGUACACCACCAAGGACAUGUUCAGGAAGAACUUCCACAAAGAUUGGAGAAAGGAAAUGCUCCCGGAAGAGAAGUCCAAGAUCACAGACAUAAACAAGUGCAACUUCACCGAGAUGAGCGAAUACUUCAAGGCUCAGUCGGAGGCCAGGAAACAGAUGUCCAAAGAGGAGAAACUGAAAAUCAAAGAGGAGAACGAGAGGAUCCUCCAGGAGUAUGGCUUCUGCAUCAUGGACAACCACAAGGAGCGGAUCGGAAACUUCCGGAUCGAGCCCCCAGGUCUGUUCAGGGGGCGCGGGGACCACCCCAAGAUGGGCAUGCUGAAACGUCGCAUUCGCCCCCAAGACAUCAUCAUCAACUGUAGCAAGGACUCGAAGCACCCUAAAGCCCCCCCAGGCACGCACUGGAAGGAGGUUCGUCAUGACAACAAGGUCACAUGGCUGGUGUCGUGGACGGAGAACAUCCAGGGUUCCAUCAAGUACAUCAUGUUGAACCCCAGCUCCAGAAUCAAGGGGGAGAAAGACUGGCAGAAGUAUGAGACGGCCCGGCGCUUGAAGAAGUGUGUGGACCGCCUGCGGGCCCAGUACCGGGAAGACUGGAAGUCCAAGGAGAUGAGGAUCCGACAGAGAUCUGUGGCCCUCUACUUCAUAGACAAGCUGGCCCUGCGGGCGGGGAACGAGAAGGAGGAGGGGGAGACGGCCGACACGGUGGGCUGCUGCUCCCUGAGGGUGGAGCACAUCAGGCUGUAUCCCAAGAUGGACGACCAGGAGUUUGUGGUGGAGUUUGACUUCCUGGGAAAGGACUCCAUCCGCUACUACAACAAGAUCCCUGUGGAGAAGAGGGUGUUUAAGAACCUCCAGCUGUUCCUGGAGAACAAACAGCCCGAGGACGACCUGUUCGACCGACUCAAUACGUCCAUCCUGAACAAGCACUUGCAGGAGCUGAUGGACGGGCUGACGGCCAAGGUGUUCCGCACCUACAACGCCUCCAUCACCCUCCAGCAGCAGCUCAAGGAGCUCACCAGCUCGGAUGAGAGCAUCCCAGCCCAGAUCCUGUCUUACAACCGGGCCAAUCGUGCCGUCGCUAUACUCUGUAACCACCAGAGGGCGCCACCCAAGACCUUUGAGAAGUCCAUGCUGAACCUGCAGACCAAGAUAGACGAGAAACAGCAGCAGCUGUCGUCGGCCAGGAAGCAGCUGAAGAGUGCCAAGGCAGAGCACAAAGCCUCGCACGACGACAAGAGCAAAAAGGCCGUGGAGGUGAAGAGGAAGGCCGUGCAGAGGAUUGAGGAGCAGCUGAUGAGGCUGCAGAUGCAGGCCACAGACCGAGAGGAGAACAAGCAGAUCGCCCUGGGAACCUCCAAACUCAACUACCUGGACCCACGCAUCUCGGUGGCGUGGUGCAAGAAGUAUGACGUUCCUGUCGAGAAGAUCUUCAACAAAACACAGCGAGAGAAGUUUGCUUGGGCAAUCGACAUGGCCGAUGAAGACUUUGAGUUCUGAAUCCUGUUUAUAAUUUUGCUAACCUUUUAUACCUUUGAUUGUAGACACGUUAGUUCACUGAAAUAAGUGAGGAGAAGGAAGGGGAUUGUAGAGGCAUUAGAAGGCAAACAAAGCUUUGUCAAGUAAAACAAUUCAGAUUAAUAAAUGGAGACGGGAGAAUGAACCAACCAAUCGUCGAAAGGGUCUCACUGCGAAACAUAACGAUAUGUUUCACCAAACCUAGCAGAUGAGGGUUUCUCUUUUCGCCAACGAGCUUUGUGGUUUGAAGCCGCCUCACAGCUUUUUGUCUCUGCUGCCUCUCACAUUCUAUAUCUCACUGAGACAUCUUUAUUGAGAAAUUCUAUAUUAUAAUAGAAGAAUGCAUUAGUAUUGAAUUCUUCAGGAAGAGGACCCACGGCACGCCUGGUAAUUGUAAUGUGUAUGCGAAACAAUUGUUGCGUAAGCGUACGUACGGGUGUGAGAGUGUGCAGUCCCUGUAGUACGGUGGCCCUGAAGUGCAAAUGACACCCCCUAA